GUCUCGCGCCGCGCACCUAUAGGCUGCGCGGGGACACAUGGAUCAGCAGCGGCCCAUUUGGACUUUGUCUUCACCGCAUGAGGACGGAUACUUUACGCUGUCCCCCUGAUCCCGUGAUGGACAUCUACGCGUCCACGCUGUCGCCGGCGUUGGACAUCGGCGCGGGCUGCUAUCUGCUGUUCGUGGCUGUUUUCUCCAUCGCAGGAAACCUGCUGGUCCUCGUCAUGGCGGUCAAGAGGUCGUCGAGGAUGAAGCCGCCGGAGCUGCUGAGCGUGAACCUGGCGCUGACGGACCUGGGGGCGGCCGUCACCAUGUACCCUCUGGCCGUGGCCUCCGCCUGGAGGCACCGCUGGCUCGGGGGGGACGCCACCUGCGUCUACUACGCCGUGGCGGGGUUCUUCUUCGGCCUCGCCAGCAUCAUGAGCCUGACCGGCUUGGCCAUCGUGCGCUUCAUCGUGUCCCUCAACCUGCAGUCCCCCAACGAGAAGAUCGGCUGGAGGAAGGUGAAGCUGCUGUGCGCGUGGACUUGGCUCUACGCUCUGGUGUGGGCCGCGCUGCCCCUCCUGGGGUGGGGCCGCUACGGGCCGGAGCCCUACGGCCUGUCCUGCUCCCUCGCCUGGGGCCAGAUGAAGCACGAGGGCUUCUCCUUCGUGGUCUCCAUGUUCUCCCUCAACCUGGUCCUGCCCUGCGUCGUCAUCGCGGGCUGCUACUUCGCCAUCGCCUUCAAGCUCUAUUUCACCUACAGGAAGUCAAGCGGCAGCAGCAGCAAGCGCCUGCCCAACGUGGUCCGGCGCCACCGGAGGCUGCUGGCGAUCGCCGUGCUCAUAAGCCUGGGCUUCGUGGUCUGCUGGUCGCCGUACGCCGCCGUGAGCCUCUGGUCCAUUUUCCGCGACAGCGCCAGCCUGCCGCCCGCGGUCAGUCUCCUGCCGUGCAUGUUCGCCAAGAGCUCCACCGUGUACAACCCGCUCAUCUACUACAUCUUCAGCCAGAGCUUCAGGAGGGAGGUGAAGCAGCUGUGGCUGCGCCUGGGGUCGGCCGCGUGCGGCGUCCCCGCCGACGAUUAGGCUGCACAAUUAUUAACUGUGCUUCGAAUAACCCUCGAAUGAAAGGACUGUACGCCGCAGAGCAGCAGCAAGUAGUCGUAGUAGAUUUUAGUCUACUACGACUUUUACUUUUAGGCUCCGGGUUCAAUCUGUGACAUGUGGUCAUGUUGUGCAUGUUUACCCCGUCUAUUCAAUGGGUGUUUGUUGAUUAAGGAAUGUGAUAUUUUUUAUUACAACCAAAUUUGGGCCAAAACCAUAAAAUAUAUUUAAACCGUCAUUGUAAUGCAGUCUGUCGCCCUAAAGCUCAAAUGGCUUUUUUUUUUGUACAAAUGUAUUUGGGGAAUUGGUCAUUUUUGGUGUCCCAUUGAGGAUGGAUGACAAUAUUAAUGACAAUAUCAGCUCAACUUAGCUCCAAAAGAUGGUUUUACGCUUUGUUUUUGUGUGGAGAAAACAAGUUUUUCUCAUUUUCUUUUUGUUAAAGUGACAAAUGGAGACCUUUAGAUUUCAGAAGGAGACUCCUCGUGGCUGCUCUUUGUGCUAAGCUAAGGUUAGCUAGCGAGCUGUUGAGUCCCUCUUCCCAAAGGUCUAAACAUUUUCAUUAUUUCAUUGUUUUUGAACGUGGCGUCAAGCUCAAAAGUUCACGUGUGACUUUUUUUUAAAAUAGCGUCUCUCCAAUCCGUCCUCUCACUCCCCCGGGCCUCACACGUAGAACAUCGGCUCCGCUCACUUACUUCAAAACCCGUGGAGCCGGACGAGUCGUCUCCCAACGAGAGCGGUGUUGGAGGCGCUCUGAACCGCGAGUCACCGGGCCUUCUCGUCAGGACGGCACCGAAAGCUACCUCAGGCCUCGCUUGUUAGUAUAUUUCGUUGUUGUUUUUUUUUUUGUGUGUGUGAAAACAGAAGGCAGCGUGUGGCCCGGUUGGAUCACGUUAAAUCCCAGAGAUGCUGCAGAACCACAGCAAACUCACUCAAAAGGGUUUCUGGGGGGGAGACGAUCGCUUCACGUCCCCUGUUCUCAUCUUGCUUUACUCAGGGAACGCAUAACGUCGCCUCCUGAAUUCUCCUGCAGUCAAGCAAAGCCAGACUUUCAAUGCCGACUAAACGCUCUGCUGUGUUUAACUAUGUAUAACAAUUGUGAAUGUAGAGCUGUGGACCCUGAGCUAUCUAUGUGUGUGUGUGUGUGUGGGGGUGUGUGUGUGCGAUCCAUCGCUCGUUUUUGGGAAUAAACGCUGACUGAAUACAGGCAAAUUGCGGAUAAUUAAUUCACGGUGAAAGUGUGACUUGAACACACGUGGGGAAAAAAAAUAUAUAUAUACCUGAAACAGUUGCGCUGUGCAUUUACCUUCACAGCAAAAGUGGAUCUGACAUUUUACGUCUCCUUCCUGUAUUCCAGGAGGGCCGCAGCACGAGGCUCGAAGGGCGUCAUUAUCAGGAUGAAUCAGACGCCGCUGCGUCCAGAAUCUCAAUGUGGAAAUGUGCGUAGAUUCCACACAGAACAGUUUCAUGCAGGGGAAGAAUAAAAACAAGCCAUGUUCACGUUGAAUUCACUUUAUAUCCACAGAUGAGUGAAUAUCCCCUGUUGUUACAUGCACAUCUCCAAAGUUCACUUUACUUUAUUUAAACCAGAGAGCGUUGAAUGUGAUUCAAAGUCGCACGAAUAUAUAUAAAAAUACUGGGUUACAAUCACUGCUCCCUAGUUUUAUCUCGGAGUGAGUGUCCUCGGAUGAAGAAGAUUUCCAUAAAAAUAAACCCAACCGUAAUAACAAUCCAUCUCCAACCCCUCGGCACUGAUAACACUCUGCUACGUGUGAUUCAAAACGACACAAACACGCUUCACAAUGAACCCGUUAUGUUCAAAAGAAAAAGGGCUCCCGAAAUGCUGCGGUAUCUUUGUUUAGUGUAUGCUAUUGUAAAUAAAUGUGUUGUUGUUCGAGUCUUAUUUCUUCUUGAAGUAUAUGAAGUAGUCAAACUGUAUUCCUGCAUUUCUAUGAUAUCAAUAAAGCUGUGAUCAAGUCAUCA